CUCGCGGCUGAGGGAAGCCCAUACAGUGGUCGCGCAGGCGGAAGACAGGGGUGCAGAGCUUAGAAGGCUCCGCUCCUGUUUACGACUUUCGCACGGUGGCUGCCGCGGCUGCCGAGGUGGGUAGCGGGAAAAUCCCGCGGGGGCUGUGAGGAUUGGGGGAUGCCGGGCGGAGGCCGCUGCCCCGAUUGCGGCUCUACUGAGCUCGUGGAAGACUCGCACUAUUCACAGAGCCAGCUGGUGUGCUCCGACUGCGGCUGCGUGGUCACCGAGGGCGUCCUUACUACCACCUACAGCGACGAGGGCAACCUCCGAGAAGUAACAUAUUCCCGAAGCACAGGAGAAAACGAACAAGUUAGUCGCAGCCAGCAACGAGGUCUCCGCAGAGUGAGAGACAUCUGUCGCAUUCUGCAGUUACCGUCCACAUUCGAGGACACAGCAGUUGCCUACUACCAGCAGGCAUACCGGCACUCUGGCAUCCGUGCUGCCAGGCUGCAGAAGAAGGAGGUUUUGGUCGGGUGCUGUGUCUUAAUCACCUGCCGGCAGCAUAACUGGCCCCUGACCAUGGGAACCAUCUGCACAAUGCUCUACGCAGAUUUGGAUGUGUUUUCUGGCACCUACAUGCAGAUCGUGAAGCUCCUGGGGCUGGAUGUGCCAUCGCUGUGCCUGGCAGACCUGGUGAAGACGUACUGUAGCAGCUUCAAACUGUUCCAAGUCACCCCAUCUCUGCCGGCCAAAUUCGUGGAAGACAAAGAGAAAAUGCUGUCACGAACAUUGAAGUUGGUGGAGCUGGCCAAUGAGACAUGGCUGGUGACUGGGCGGCACCCUUUGCCUGUCAUCACUGCAGCCGCUUUCCUGGCUUGGCAGUCGCUGCAGCCUUCAGAUCGGUUGACGUGUUCCCUGGCCCGAUUUUGUAAAUUGGCCAAUGUGGACCUGCCCUACCCCGCUUCCUCCCGCCUGCAGGAGCUGCUGGCUGUGCUGCUGCGGAUGGCUGAGCAGCUGGCCUGGUUGCGGGUUCUGAGACUUGACAAACGGUCUGUAGUGAAGCACAUCGGUGACCUUGUGCAGCACCGCCACAUGUUGGUUCGCAAGGCCUUUCGGGAUGGACCGGCGGAGCUGGAGGCCCAGGAGAAGGAGCUUCAGGGGCAGGGAUGGGAUCAGGGGCAGGGACGGGGAGAAGAGGAGGUGGAGAGUAGUUCCUUAGGUUUACCUGCGGGGAAGCGACCAGCCAGCCCUGCUCUGCUCCUCCCACCCUGCAUGUUGAAGCCCCCAAAGCAGAUCUGUCCCACACCCCCUGUCUCCACAGUCACUGGAGAUGAGAACAUUUCUGAUAGUGAAAUAGAGCAGUAUUUGCGUACCCCGCAGGAAAUUAGGGCUUUUCAAAAGGCCCAAGCUGCUAGACAGGCUGCCGCGAGUGUGCCUAACCCUCCCUGAUGCACACCUUGGGGAGCACCUCACCCCACUCUGACAGCAGCUUGAUAAGUGGCCUGUCAUACCCAGAGAAACCAGUGUAUGUGAGUCCUUGGGUGGUGUUCUUGUUUAGAAGAUCCAAGGGGCUGUGCAGUUAGUUGGACCCCAGGUGCUGAAGUAGAAGUCAGGAGGAAUGCAGGGGUGAGUGGGUUGUAGAGAAUCCCUCCCUUUGGUGCCAGAGAGGAAGUUGGCUAUGUUCAACUGCUGUGGGAUGCCUUUCCUCUUAGGCUCUGGGGAGAAUGGCAGGCACUCUCCACCUCUGGCUUUGUCUCCUCCUGCUAGUGUGCCGCCCUCAGGAAGGACCCGGGUAGUGCAGCCUGUGCCCAGUCACGGGUUGGUGGGUUCACACGUGUGGUGUCCUGAUAUCCUCUGCUUCAUAACAAAAGGACUGUGCGUGGACUACAGCUCAAAGGGGUUUGCAAAAUUUUAAUAUAUUAAAACAAGAGGCAUCUGCUAGAAAUCA